UAUUAUUAAUGAUAUUUUUAUUGUCCAGGAACCUAUUGCUAUGGAUGUGAUAAAGGAUCGACUAGCAGAGGAAUCCCCACAACAGUACACUUCAGUUAAAUUAUUCCUCGCAGAUCUUAGGAAAAUGUUCAGAAACUGUUUUACGUUCAAUCAGCGUGACACUGAAAUAUACAAGCAUGCUAAGAAAAUGGAAGAGAAGUUGGAUGCUCUACUCGAGGUCUGGGUGCCUGAAUUUGCCAACGACCCGUUGAUCAAUGUCGGAACAAAAAGGCCUGGGUCUCCUAGGGCCGGGCCCUCCAAGAAGAAAAGACCCGGAUCUGCAGCUGGAGCAGAGCAGGAAAAAAAGAAACGCGGGCGGAAGAAGAAAAAGCCAGACAGUGAUUUUGACGAUGCUUCCGAUUCCGACGACGGUAUUUCUGAAGGGGAGCGAGAAAGGCAGCAGUAUACACAAGUACUGGCGGCUUCUGUUCAGGACCAGGAUCCAGACGAUGACGACUAUGCCCCGGACGACUCUAAAGGAAAGGGGAAAGGACGAGGAAAAGGACGAAAAUAAUAUUUCCUCUGAAAAUGAUCUCUGAUUUAACCGAACUUACAAACACUUUUUAAUGUUUUACAUUUGUUUUCUUAUGUAAGAAUUUCUUAAUAAUACAUGUGUUGUCUUGUAUAAAAGUAAAAUUUAUGUACGAAAUAUAAUUUGACCGAAGAUAUUUGUUAAGCUUAAUGGUUUCAGA